UUUGUUAAUGGAUGUCUAGUGUCCAUAUAUGGUGCGAUUCGUGCGAUUUGAUUUCCAAAGGAUUUCUGUCUCCAGAAUUGUGUAUUUUAUUUUUUCUGUUAUUAAAGAGUAAUAGGAAGUGUAUGUGCCUUUUCUUAAACAUUGUUCUAUUGUUUGUUAGGAAGUGAUUUUUUGUACUUUAAUACAAGAGUCAAAGGUGAAGCAGAAAAGGUAAAUGACGUGUGAGCACGGAAUACCUAUUAUUUUGUGGAUUUAUCACUAAAAAGAACUCGUCCAUAUUUGAAAAUAAGUUGGAUAUGGAGAUAUUAGGUGGUGUGAUGUGGGUGGUGCAUUACGGAGAGAGUGGGGCUGUGGCUGGAGAUGGGUGGAAAGAUAGCAAAAAAUAGGUUAUAUUAAAAAAUCGCUUUGAAAAUGUGUAGGCGGUGGUGUGAAAUGUGGUUUAUUUCGUAAUAUUUCGGGGCUCUUUAUAUACUUUGAAUUCAGCAAAAAUUACACGCUAUAGCACGCAAAAUCAGAUUCAUUCAAGAGUCAAUUUAAAAAAAAAAUAUUUCACGGUAUCUCCGUGUAACACCUGAGUAUUUAUCGGGAAUAUCAAGAAGUGACAGUGCAUAAGCGGCGAUUAUAUAAAUCUAAAGCUUCAAAGUCAUUAGAGUACAUCCGUGUAAAGAGAGCAACAACCUAAGAUGUCUUUCCGUGUGGUCCGGAGUUCCAAGUUCCGGCAUGUUUAUGGUACAGCCCUGAAGCGUGAACAAUGCUACGACAAUAUCCGUGUGUCCAAGAGUAGUUGGGACUCAACAUUUUGUGCAGUCAACACAAAAUUUCUUGCUAUUAUUGUCGAGUCUGCUGGGGGUGGAGCAUUUAUUGUUCUUCCACACAACAAAGUUGGUCGUAUCAAUGCAGAUCAUCCCCUUGUUGGUGGUCACAAAGGUCCAGUACUAGAUAUUGCCUGGUGUCCGCACAAUGAUAACGUUAUCGCGUCUGGUUCUGAAGAUUGUGUAGUAAAGAUUUGGCAAAUUCCUGAUGGAGGCCUUUCAAGAACACUUACGGAACCCGUGGUGGAUUUACUAUAUCAUCAGCGUCGUGUGGGUUUGGUUUUGUGGCACCCAUCAGCACUCAAUGUUCUCCUGUCCGCUGGAUCGGACAACCAGGUGGUCAUAUGGAAUGUGGGUACCGGUGAGGUGCUGGUGCAUAUCAGCUGUCAUCCAGAUAUUGUGUACAGUGCAUGUUGGAAUUGGGAUGGAUCGAAACUUGUAACAACGUGCAAAGAUAAAAAAAUUCGCAUAAUUAAUCCACGAACUGGUGAGGUUGAGAGUGAAGCACCCUGCCACGAUGGAUCAAAGGCAACAAGGGCAAUUUUCUUACGGCAUGGACUCAUUUUCACGACAGGUUUCAAUAAAGGAUCCGAAAGACAAUAUUCUCUACGAGCACCAGACGCUCUUGAAGAGCCAAUUGUUCUCGUGGAUUUGGAUACAUCGAACGGUGUCAUGUUUCCACUAUACGAUCCAGAUACAAAUCUUGUUUUCCUAUGUGGAAAAGGAGAUUCUGUUAUAAGAUACUUUGAGGUUACACCAGAACCACCAUUUGUGCAUUAUAUCAAUACAUACCAAACGCAAGAUCCGCAACGUGGUAUAGGAAUGAUGCCAAAGCGUGGAUGUGACGUGAAUAUCAAUGAGAUUGCCAAAUUUUAUAGGCUUAACAACAAUGGUUAUUGCCAAAUAAUCUCAAUGACCGUACCGAGGAUGUCAGAACUUUUCCAAGAAGAUCUCUACCCGGAUACAAUUUCAGAUGAAGCUGCAAUUACAGCGGAAGAGUGGUCAGCUGGAAAGGAUGCUGAUCCCACACUGGUAUCACUCAAAGAUCGUAAUCUUUUUGUGCAGGGUGGUUACAUCUCUCCUGGGCAGGCUAAGCAGCUUACUGUAACAAAAAAAUCAAAUGUGCUAGACAAGAUUCCCCCGAGAGGUCCGAAAGGAGCUGUUGGAGCUCAGCAAAGUGUCAACUCAUCUGCCUCUAAUGCCGCAAAUAACAAUAUUGUUGUUCAACAGUCUAUGGGAGUUUCGGAACAAGAACUGAAGGAAAUACUUGAAGAGAUUCGCAAGAGUAAGGAUGAGAUAAGAAAACUAAAGGCCGUCAUUGUGAAGCACGAAAAUAGAAUUCGUGCUCUAGAGGCUCCUAAUAAAACAAGAGAAGAACAUGAGAAUGGAUCGAGUCAUGUAGAUGCUGGAUCCCGAUUGAGAAGUACUUCAGACAUCGAUACUCCUACUGAAACCCUAAAAUUGGCACCAGAUGAAGUAUAAGAAGUGUUUUGUUUUUUUUUCUAUUUAUUCUCACGGAUACUUCAAUUUUUUGUAAAAGUUCUACCCACCCCUCUUACUCUUAUGUUUUUUUUUUCAUACACAAAUAAAAAAGAAAGAACUAUAUAGGUCAAUACCAGACAAUUGUAUUAAAAAGGAAAGAGCGUAGUUACUUUCAAUGCACAAAAUUUGUCGAAGAGAAUAUAAAAUUUGGUUUUAAUAAAAGGAAUACGUUGACGAUUAUUUUCAA